AUGGAUUUUGAACUGCCAUAUAGUUUUUUCUUUCUACUUCUCCUUCUAGUGAUACUACCAUUUUCCACUCCAGCCCAAACUUACAACAAUAUAUCCUUGGGCUCAUCCCUCACUGCACUAGAUGAUAACUCAUCAUCCUGGCUAUCACCAUCUGGUGAAUUUGCUUUCGGUUUUCUGCAACUGGGAGUAGAUGGGUUCCUACUAGCUAUCUGGUUCAAUAAAAUACAAGAAAGAACAAUAGUCUGGUCAGCCAAUAGGGGUAGUCUUGUGCCACAAGGAUCUCAGGUUGAACUCACAAAUGAUGGCCAAUUUAUGCUCGAGGAUAAAACUGGAAAGCAAAUAUCUUUUGCUGGAUCUUUGGGUAUUACUGGAGUUGCCUAUGCAGCCAUGCUAGACACCGGCAAUUUUGUGUUGGCCAACAAAAGUUCAAAAUAUUUGUGGGAGAGUUUUGAGGAACCAACUAAUACACUGCUACCAACGCAGAUUUUAAAUCGGAACAGCAAACUCUAUGCUAGCUACACGGCAUCAAAUUACACGCCAGGGAGAUUCCAGUUUGCGCUAAAAUCUGAUGGAGAACUGUUGCUUUAUACAACAAAUUACCCAUUGGAUUCCCGUAAUCAUGAUUAUUGGUCAACACACACUGAGGGGAGCGGUUUUCAGGUCAUCUUCAGCCAGUCUGGCUCUAUUUACCUUACGGGCACAAACGGUAGCGUACUUUAUAUGCUAUCGGACAAUACUUCUUCAACGCAAGAUUUCUACCACCGAGCAACGCUCGAGUACAAUGGAGUUUUCAGGCACUAUGUCUAUCCUAAAAAAACUGGCUCGGGUAGUGUGGCCGGAACGAGGCGCCAGGCCAAACACAACAGAGAUGAUACUGAAGGACCGGUUUGCGAGUGCCCAGAUGGAUACAGCUUUAUUGAUAAAAAUGAUGUGCUGAAAGGAUGCAAGCAGAACUUCGUUUCUCAGAGUUGUGAUCAAGCCUUUCCAGAAACACAUCUUUUCGACUUUCAAGAACUUGAAAACAGAGACUGGCCUCUUUCGGAUUAUCAGCAUUUUCAGCCAGUAAGUGAGGAUUGGUGCAAGCAGAGUUGCCUAAGUGACUGCUUCUGUUCCGUUGUCAUUUUCAAAAAUGAUGACUGUUGGAAGAAGGGAAUUCCUCUUAUGAACGGAAGGAUUGAUCCCACUGUUGAUAAAAAAGCUCUAAUCAAAAUAAGGAUCGAUUCUAACAAUUCAAGAAAGCAUUCCAAUUCAAUUCCCAACCUCGCUCGGCUAGGUCUCCUCUGUAGCUCCGCAUUUCUGAACUUGCUCCUACUAAUCAUAACCUGUUUACUUUUUUUCCACAUUAUCCAUCACAGAAAAGCAAAGUUGAGUAUGCUUUACCCGGGUGUUCAAGGCAAUAAUCUGAAAAGUUUCACGUACAUGGAGCUGAAAGGAGCUACCAACGGAUUCAAGCAAGAACUAGGACGUGGGGCUUUUGCAACGGUUUUCAAAGGAGUUUUAGCAUCCGAAGAUGGGAAGCAUGUUGCUGUCAAAAGAUUGGACACUAUGGUCAGAGAGAACGAUUUGGAAUUCAAAGCUGAAGUGAGCGCAAUUGGCAGAACAAAUCACAAGAACUUAGUCCAGCUACUAGGAUUUUGCAACGAAGGGCAGCACAGAAUUCUUGUAUAUGAAUUUAUGAGCAACGGCUCUCUAGCAAGCUUUCUCUUUGGAGAGUCAAGGCCAAGCUGGUAUCAAAGAAGAAAAAUUGCCUUGGGAACUGCAAGAGGGAUCUUGUAUUUGCAUGAGGAGUGUAGUAUCCAAAUCCUACAUUGUGACAUCAAGCCUCAAAACAUUCUUCUAGACGACUCUUUCAACGCAAGAAUUGCUGACUUUGGAGUGGCUAAGCUUUUGAAAAUAGAGCAGACUCGAACAACGACUAGAUUCAGGGGGACAAGAGGUUAUGUGGCCCCUGAAUGGUUCAAAAGCUUGCCUGUCACAUUAAAGGCAGAUGUUUACAGCUUCGGCAUUUUGCUAUUAGAGAUUGUUUGCUGCAGGAAGAAUUAUGAAGCGAAGAUGGAGGAUGAAGAUCAAAUGAUACUGGCUGACUGGGCAUAUCAUUGCUAUGAGCAAAACAAACUGCACCGGCUAUUCAGAAACGACGACGAUGAGGCAAAGGAUGACAUCGAGGAGAUGAUGCUCGAAGGAACUGUUGAGAUCGCAUUUUGGUGCAUUCAAGGGGAUCAAUUAGUGCGACCGACCAUGAAGAAUGUCAGGCAGAUGCUUGAAGGAACUGUUGAUGUUUCAGUUCCACCAAAUCUAUUGUCAUUGUAUGUUCAGUUUAGUUGA